AGAAGCAGUUGCUGCAGAGACUGAGCGCGCGGAGAGCUUUGGAGACAGUGGUGGGAUCCCCGGCACAGCGUUUUGACGCACGCACGCACGCGCUAUGGACUACUGUUGAGCUGUGAGGGAAGAAGCAGUGCGCGCACAGAACUGCAGCGGCUCGUGCCUCCAAGCUCACUAAUUUAGUUUUUUUUUAAUUUUGUUUUAAAGUCAAGUAUCAGAGGUUAUUUGAAUAAAAAUAGCGAGUCUUACGUAUCCAGUCGAGGAGGAAAAAAGAAGUUCGGCAUGAUGAAGUUACUGCUUUUACCUGUUUUAAUGGCUUUUUUCGCCGUCGCCCAAGUUUUUUGCGAGGAAAACGACCCAAAAGAAGAGGUUGACUACUGGACGAACAGUAAUCAAAUCCAGGAUGGCUGGCUAUCCAACGACCCAUUCAGAGAAAUCCUCCUGAGGAUGACAAGAAAGCCGCGGCCACAUCAGUUCAUCGGUCUGAUGGGAAAGCGCUCCAUGGCAAACGCACAGAUCACCCGCAAAAGGCAUAAAGUCAACUCUUUUGUUGGACUGAUGGGGAAAAGGAGCCAAGAGGAGCCAGAGUCCUAUGACUGGAGCACAAUACAGACAUACGACAAGCGCCGCUAAAAGUCACCUCUUCACCUGUCUGCACCUCAUCUAACCAUUCCUCAUCCACGGGAGGGGCACCUGAUGCUGGUUUUGUUUUCUCCAAACUAUGUAUAGCUGUUAGUCAAAUAAAAUGAUUUUGUUUUCACAUUGUAGUGAUGUAGCGGUGCUGUGCCUGUGCCAGUUUCAUUUGUCCCA